UAAGCAAAUCGAGCCCCCGACACUCCUUCGUUUACCUCAUCCCCGCCUGUCUGAGAUCAACGAGGGCAUUACUGUCACCAUCAUUCACUAUACACAAAAUUAGGCCUGUAAUUUUCAGACAUGGCGACUCUUAAAGCGCUAACUAGAGCGGAGAAUGUGAUCCUCAGGAACGUGACAGCGACGAUCAAGACGAACCUCUUGCGAUUCUCCGUUGGCAAGACGUGCGGCUGUUACUUUUCCACAUCAAGUCAACGGUCCGGACGAUUUUAUUCAGACCCCCUUGAUGCCGUCAAAGAUAUUCCUAACGGAGCAACCAUUCUUGUGGGAGGUUUUGGCCUAUGUGGUAUUCCAGAGAACCUGAUAAACAGUUUGCUGAAGACCGGAGUGAAGAGCCUGACAGCAGUCAGCAAUAAUGCAGGGGUGGAUGACUUUGGCCUGGGCCUGCUCCUUCGGACCAAACAGAUCAAGCGUAUGAUCUCAUCAUAUGUGGGGGAGAAUGUGGAGUUUGAGAGGCAGUAUCUCUGUGGCGAGCUGGAGGUGGAGUUGACCCCACAGGGCACGCUCGCGGAGCGGAUCAGGGCCGGUGGCGCAGGUGUGCCUGCCUUCUUCACUGCCACAGGCUAUGGCACACUCAUCCAAGAGGGCGGAUCUCCGAUCAAAUACAACAAGGACGGAACCAUUGCCAUCGCUAGUGAACCCAGAGAGGUGCGGGAAUUUAAUGGCCGACACUUCAUCAUGGAAAAAGCCAUCACGGGUGACUUUGCCCUGAUCAAAGCCUGGAAAGCAGACAGGGCAGGAAAUGUCAUCUUCAGGAAAACAGCGCGGAACUUCAACCAGCCCAUGUGCAAGGCAGCCAAGAUCACAAUUGUGGAGGUAGAGGAGAUUGUAGACGUGGGCACGUUUGCAGCAGAAGACAUCCACAUCCCCAGCGUCUACGUCCACAGGAUCGUCAAGGGAGAUCUCUACGAGAAACGGAUCGAGAGGCGUACAGUAAAGAAAGGCCAGGCUGAAAAUCCCAAACCCACAAAAGACUCUGAUAUUGUGAGAGAGAGGAUUAUUCGCAGAGCUGCACUGGAGUUUGAGGACGGGAUGUACGCUAACCUGGGCAUUGGAAUCCCCAUGCUGGCAAGUAAUUUCAUUAAACCAGAUAUUACCGUCCACCUGCAGAGUGAAAAUGGCAUUCUGGGGCUGGGCCCCUACCCAACAGUGGAAGAGGUUGAUGCAGAUCUUAUCAAUGCUGGUAAAGAAACUGUCACAGUUCUUCCUGGAGCAGCCUAUUUCUCUAGCGACGAUUCCUUUGCCAUGAUCAGAGGGGGUCAUAUCAAUUUGACCAUGUUAGGAGCCAUGCAGGUAUCCAAAUAUGGAGAUUUGGCCAACUGGAUGAUUCCGGGUAAGAUGGUGAAAGGCAUGGGAGGGGCAAUGGAUCUAGUGGCCAGUGCUGGAACUAAAGUGGUUGUUACAAUGGAGCACUCUGCUAAGGGUGGUAAACACAAGAUCAUGGAGAAAUGCAAUCUGCCUCUGACCGGAAAACAGUGUGUGGACCGUAUCAUCACAGAAAAGGCGGUAUUCGAUGUGGACAAGAACGAAGGUUUAACCCUGAUUGAGGUUUGGGAGGGUCUGACACCAGCUGACAUUAAGAAAUGCACAGGGACAGACUUUGAGGUCUCUCCUAACUUGAAAGCAAUGCAGCAAAUUUAACACAUUUAGGAAAAAUGCUUAAUUUAGUUCGGACAGCUGACGGAAACCAAACACUUGUUAAAUCCCCAACUCAACUACUUUUAGGUCUUCAACUGAAGAUUUGCUAGGAAAUUUCACUGAAACGUAUACAAAACAAAUAUUUAAAAAGGCCAUCGAGCCUUCACAGUAACUUCAUCUGUUCAAAUAAAGUCCAUGAAUGUGCAAUAGACUGAAUGGUUGUUUUAGCAAAUAUCAAUUUAUUUAGUAAAAACAAACGUUUUGUUAGAAUAUUGAAUACAGAAUAUUGUCAAUAGGUAUUGUGUUUAAUCACACAAAACAAUCCAUCUGCAAUUCAUAAUUAAAACCGUUAUGCUAUUAAAUUCAACUUUACAGGUCUAAGGCCUUAAAUGUUCUGUUCACAGUGUGUACAUAUUUGAACUAAGCAAUAAAUGUCUAUUAAUGA